AUGAUACAUGAACACGGAGACAAGUGCGGGAGACUGUUGGCGAACCUCCUGAGGCAACGUAAGACACAGCUGUAUAUACCAAAAAUAAAAAACGCACAGCAGCAAAUCAGACACCUCCCAGACCAAAUUGCAACGGAGUUCCAACGAUACUACCAAGACCUUUACCACCUCCGCAAGGAAGCACAGGACGACCAGAGACAUAAGAAAACGGCAGACAUACGCCAGUACCUGAACUCAGCAAACAUGCCAGAUAUAACAGGAGCAGAGAAAGACGUGCUAGAAGCGCCUAUAACACCCGAGGAGCAUCAAGAAAGCUAA